ACCCAUAUGCCGUGGGGUUUGUUUGGAGCUCACAACAGUGUGACAAACCCAUUUCAAUAUGAAGCGCAUAUUGCUCAUAAGGUAAAUUUACUCAUUUUCACUAAAAAUGAAGCGCAUAGGCAUAGCCAACUUUUCUUCCCCAUUUUCCUACUAAAUGUGGUAGCUUGUGAGGAUUUGCCAGUUGCCGGCCAUGCCACGGUCACGGCAGACGAAGGAUGGCAUUCUUCGCAAUUGCUCGGCGGUUUCACAAGCCACAUCCCAAACAAUUCUUCCCUUUUCUCCCCCACUCAGUAACCCAACCUCCGCCCCCAUGCCCGUGCCAUCCGCGUCUGGUGCGCCACUUCCUUGGGACAUUUCAUCGAGCAGGUUUACUUCUCUCGCGCCCCCGCCCACAAACCCCCCGCCGUUUCUCUUCGUUCCAACCCUCCUAUGGUCAAUCUCUCCGCGAAACAAUCGAUUUCAGUGCGUGCGUCAAUGAGAAUCAUCAAAGCCACCAAAACCCAAUUCUUCGUGUUGAUGACUUGCUGGCGGCAGUCAGAAAGGCCGACCAGUUUUCUUCUGUAGGGGAAGCAAUUGAAUUUCUUGACGAGGCGGGCUUGCAGGCCAACGAGGAUUUAGUUUUUUUGGCGGUCUGGGCGUUGAGAGACGAAUGGAAAUUGGCGUUCCUGGUUUUCAAGUGGGGCCAGAAAUGGGAUCGUUUGGGGGAAAAUAAUUGCAGCCUGAUGAUAUGGGUUUUGGGUAACCAUAAAAAGUUCAACACUGCUUGGUGCUUAAUUCGAGACAUGCAUCGUUCUUCCUUGGAUACUGGACGAGCAAUGCUUAUCAUGAUGGAUAGAUAUGCAACUGCAAAUGACCCAGGCAAAGCCAUUCAGACAUUUCAGAUAAUGGAGAAGUUCAAAAUGAUUCCUGAUUUGAAAGCGUUCCACAUGCUUUUGAGUACUCUAUGUGAAUAUGGAAAUAUUGAAGAAGCUGAAGAGUUCAUGCUCCUUAAUAAGAAGCUCUUCCCGCUGGAAACCAAGAGCUUCAACAUAAUUCUGAACGGAUGGUGUAACAUAUCUGUUGAUGUAUGUGAAGCAAAGAGAAUAUGGAGAGAAAUGGCCAAAUGCUGUAUCACUCCAGAUGCCACUUCCUACACGCACAUGAUUUCUUGCUUCUCAAAGGUUAGGAAUCUUUUCGACUCACUGAGACUGUACGAUGAAAUGAAGAAAAGGGGCUGGGCUCCAGGAGUUGAGGUGUACAACUCCUUGAUUUACGUACUUACUCACGAGAAUUGCCUGAAAGAAGCUCUUAAAAUUCUGGACAAAAUGAAAGAAGCCGGCGUGCAGCCAAAUUCUGCCACUUACAACUCCAUGAUAUGCCCUCUGUGUGAAGUGGCAAAGCUAGAAGAGGCAAGGACUGUGUUCGCUGACAUGAUAGCAGAGAAUAUCAGGCCGACCAUUGACACAUAUCAUGCAUUUCUUGAAGGUGCAAAUGUGGAUGGAGCUUUGGAAGUUCUUGUCCGUAUGAAGAAAGCUGGCCUUGGUCCAACCAGGGAUACCUUUCUUCUGAUUCUUGGCAAGUUCUUCAAAUUGAAGCAACCUGAGGAUGCCUUGAAGGUCUGGGUGGAAAUGAAGCAGUUCGAGAUGGUGCCCGAUUCUGCACAUUACAACUUACUGGUGGAAGGACUGGCAAAUUGCGGGUUGUUGAUUAAGGCUCGAGAAUAUUAUGCUGAGAUGAGAUUGAAUGGGAUUAUCGAUGACCCGAAGCUGAAGAAGUUCUUGCAGGAACCGGUGCAACACAGUAGCCUCCAAAGUAAAAAAGAUCCGUUCGGGGCUAUGAGAAACGUUAAGAGAGGUCGCUGGAGAAGCAGUGCCAUGCGAAGAAACAGAGGCGGUAAGCAUCCAUACCGGCCAAGAAAGACGAAAAGUGUCAAACUUAAAACUUAAAUCAACACUACUUUUAACGGCUCAACAAUCCCAGAGAGGCCGUUCUGAAGGUGGAAAGCAUUGUUCUAUUCUAUCUGGAAUUGUAUUUAUGCAGCUGUUAUAUUACCAUCUCCAGUCUGCAAGUGAAAAUGUGUUAAAAGAGUUAUUUUGCAUCUGUAAGACACGGAAUUGAUUAAUACAACCAGCAAUGGUUGUACUGAUAUAAGCCACUGGAACAGUGGUUUUUGUCAUGCAACUUACACUAAUUAAAACUCAAAUGUCACCAUGACGAAGGUGAUAACCCUAAUAGUAGAUUCUAAGUGUUGAUGAGUUCGAUAUCUUGUGAAACAUUGAUUUUUUAAGUUUAAGAGAUGAAGAG